AUGUUUCUGACAUGGCACAGGGAUAUCGAAAAGAUCAAAGAGCAGCUCGAAGGUCUUCAACAACAGCUCAGCAUCCUGGUAGCGCGAGACAGUCCGUUCCAGCAAGGCGACAGAGCCCUGACUCUAUUGGACUCAUCUUCAAUAUGCUCGCCUCAUUCGAGUCGAACCCUAUCCUCAUCCGCACCUGCGUCACAGGUUUCUGUCCAUGAGUCGGUCAAGAACGCAGAGAAACCCUGUGGUUUGAAUCAAUUGACACGCCCACACAGCAGUGUCGACGUGAUGGACGAGUUGUCCAUCGGCUACUCUAGUGUGUCCACAAAACAAGCAUCCUCUGCUCGAGGCGGACUCGCCGUUACGUGCCACCCUCUCUUGGCUAUCUCACAGACAGAAGCCUUGCGUUUGAUUGAUAUCUAUGAGGAUGAAUGUGGAUCUGUCUAUCCCUUAAUUGACAUUGGCCAUCUCCGAUACUUCGCUACGAAAUUCUACGCAAGUGCCAAUGCGUCGCGGGAACCUGCCACUUGGCGCACUUUUCAGGUUGAUCAAUAUUCGAAAGGAUCGCUUCAUAACUUGGAAAUUGUGCUUGCAAUCGGCUUGGUGAUUGAGGGCGGUGGUUCAACCGACCUCGCCUCUGCAUUGGUGGACGAGCUGGAAGCCGAAAUUGACCACCGCCCGUCGGGAGUUUCUGCCGAUUUACCUAUCGCGGAGAUUCUGAGCCUUAUGAGUCUUUACCAGUUUUACCGCGAGGAAGAUGUGCUUGCUUGGCGAACUAUUGGCCUAGCCGCCAGGAUUGCCUUAGAGCUAGGCUUGCAUCUUCACGACCCGCCAUUCGCGACCUUUCAAAGCGCAAGAGAGCGAGAACGUGCAAAUCGACUCUUCUGGUGCAUUUAUUGCCUGGAUAAGCGCUGGAGCCUCGGCACGGGACUUCCAUUUGGUAUCCAAGAUGCUGAUAUUGACCCUAGUCUUCCAGAACCGAAUGAUCCAUACCCGUAUCUUUUCACAAGCAUGAUAGCUUACUCGAGGAUCGGAUCGCAGAUACUGAAAGCGUCGCCGGGAGCCGGUCACUGUCACGUUCGCCAAAUCGGAACCAGAGAGGAUAUGGCUUUUCUCACAUAUCAGGUGCAGCAAUGGUACAGUUCGCUUGACUCCGAGCUUCGGAUAGAGCCUUGCCAGGAACUCGCCCUCAAGUCCUUGUCGCCUGCGCGCAACCGACUACGAAUUCUUCACUAUCUCCGGAGAAACCAGCUUCGCAUGUUGAUCCAUAGAGGGGCGCUCUUCACCGCGUCCUCCAUUAAGGCGGAUCCGCAGAGCGCCAAAACCGCUGUUGACGUUGCAAAGGACACCAUUACUUUGCUGGACCAGCUGCGCACCACUUCUGACAUCUACAGCUCCCACCAUGUCUGUUUCAAUUACUUCCUCUAUUCCGCCCUAACCGUGAUCUUACUCGCUGCAUAUCGCGCGCAAGCCCAGUUCCACGAGUACUGUCGCGAAGAAUUUCACAUUGCUCUCAACCUCAUGGGAGGACUUUCGGCAAAGUCCAGCGUAGCGAGAAAGCUGUGGAAGAUCAUCAGACAUCUCAAGAUCAUGGGCCCUGAGACAGGCGUUCUUCCUUACAUGGACACUCAGCAAGACCAGUUGAGACAGGAGCAAAACCACAAACCUCAGGUGAACAACAGGGUCGACAAAUUCCUCGAACCAACCGACGCGCAUCUCCCAGAAGCGUCACUCAAUGCAUGUGCGAUGGAUGGCUUUCCAAACGGGAUACCUCACAGCAAUCUUGGUAUCUUGGCGGGCGAUCAUGCCGUGGAUGCUAAUUUACUCAGCGCGGAGCUUUCAGACCUUUUUCAAGCCAUCGAUCCUACUGGGUUUGAACAAGAACCAUCACAAAUCGUCGGCGCGCUUCCAACAUUUCAAGCGGCACACGAUUUCUCGAGGAGCACCUGGAACGUGUUCUAA